UUCCAGCAGGCCCCUCGUGGCAAUAGCACCUCCACACGCAAAACACUCCGAGAUCGCCUACGGACUAAGAUGGCGACGUGAUUGUGACUUGUGACUGGGUUGGAAAUGGCUUUCGCGCAUCGCCUUUUAACGAACGCUUUACCGCUCCGGUUUCCGAAUGCCUCGAUAGUGCCCCGCAGUGUCCAAGAGGAUUAAAACCCGUCGGGGGCCGUAUCGAAACUCGUGUGCUCGGAGUGCUCGCGCAAACGCAGGCAGCGCCAUCGGGAAGCAGCAGCAAAGAUGCGUGAGUUCAAAGUAGUGGUGCUCGGCUCGGGUGGGGUUGGGAAGAGUGCGUUGACGGUGCAAUUUGUGUCGGGUUGCUUCAUGGAGAAGUACGACCCGACGAUAGAGGACUUUUAUCGCAAGGAGAUCGAAGUGGAUAACUCGCCGUGCGUGUUGGAGAUCCUCGACACCGCCGGCACGGAGCAAUUUGCCAGCAUGCGCGACCUCUACAUCAAGAACGGGCAGGGCUUCGUCGUCGUCUACAGCCUCACCAACCACCAGACCUUCCAGGAUAUCAAACAGAUGAAGGACCUGAUUACGCGCGUCAAGGGCAACGAACGCGUGCCCAUUCUGCUCGUCGCCAACAAGGUCGACCUGGAGCACCAGCGCGAGGUGCCGCACCCGGAGGGCAACUCGCUGGCGACGCAGUGGAGUUGUCCGUUCAUCGAGGCCAGCGCCAAGAACAAGACCAACGUCAACGAGGUGUUUGCCGAGAUUGUACGCGAAAUGAACUUUAGCCCCGAAAAGGAGAAGAAGAGCUAUUGCUGCUGCACGCUGCUCUAAUACUCGCCUCCUCUUUUUCUCUCUCACCACCACCACCAACCCACCCAUCGCCAACAACAACAACAACAACAACCACUCUCUCGCUCUGCCGCGGCUAGACCUAGACUCUUCUUCUUGUAAUUGGGAACAAUGAUGUGUGUGUGUGUUGUGGAACUAUGGUCAUGUAUGUCGCGUGCCCACAAAACCGUGUCCGUGUGCAUCCCUCGAAUUCGGGCCUUUGGAGAAGACGUAUAUUUUUAUAUGGGAUUCAAAUUUGAAGAAAAACGCAAAAAUUCGAUGAUAUUGUAAACGUAUUUUAUUUACACGAUUUUCUACGAGUCGACAACUCGCAUUCAUAUCUACUACUACUACCAAUAAUGAGAACUUUUAUGAUGAUAGUGCCUCAAGAGAAAACGAUGAUUGAAUUGAUUGUAACUGUAAUAUAAUGUAAACACUUGCACACGCAUACACACACUGAAAAAAUGAAAAGAAAAAGGAGUCGCGUCGGCCUAAAUUCCAACAUCCAAGAUGAUUACAUGGAUUCCAGUUUUUUAUUCAGUCAAUUUUUUAUACGCAACAGACGCGCAAAAAGAGUUUGCAGACCGGGGGAGAGUUGUACGCAUUUACGCACGCGAGACGCCGUCGCCGCCGCCGCCCCUUCAAUCUCUCCAUCAUCGACAGCAUCGUCAUCAUCAUCCCCCACCACCACCACCGACCAUAUUCGGCCUCUGCCAUGUGGAUAUCACAUUUAUUGAAUAGUGUAAUAUUAUGAUAAAUCGCUCAUGUAUGUAUAUAUUUUAAUAUAGGUCUUAUAACUAAUCAUUUUACGAAGAGAUCUGUGUUUUGUACGAAAACUUAUUUGCUGGAGCGGACUGACAACACGGUAUUCCACACUGAGACACACACACACACAGGUGUCGUGGAAUGCAGGCAGAAAUUAAUAAGAUUAAUAAUUAGUAGAUAAAUAAUAAAAAAAAGUAAAUAAAUCUAUGGGAGUCACACACACACACAGGUGUGACACGUGGACGUUUUAAGAAUGAAUGAAUGUGUGUGCGUGCGUGCAGUUUUGUUUCUUAUCAGCGUCGACAACUCACGUUUGAAGCGUUCGUUUCUCUAGUUUGUUUGUUUGUUCGCAAAUGUAUUUUGUAUACCACACCAGACUUAUAUAUUUCUGAUUGUUAGCGUGCGUGUUCUGAGAGCCAAAAAGGAUUUGUGAUAUAUACGUAUUGUAAUAAAAACAAAAAACAUUUUAAGUGGAUUUGAGCAGUA